AUGUCCAAUCUGUCUGCAGUCUCCUUGUACGCUUCUACAUUGUCUCCUCCUAGCUCUAGGCCAAUGUCACCAGCUAUACAAGGCUCUCGGGGUACAACUAUUUCAGAACCCGUAUUCGAUGCUUAUCCCGGACGCGGCAUACCAGAUUCAGUCUUUGAAAAGCCAGGGGAACCUGUGCAUGAAAUUAUUCAAGCUUUCAUCCCAAACGUAUCAGUAUACGCUUCUGAAGAUACAGAAGUUCUAAUUAAAAAAAAAGGUUUUCGGAAUGGUCUCUGGGAGUUGUUGCGGCCCUUUGGAGAGAAGAUCCAAGGCAACAUCACCGUACGAGAUAGUCAUGGAAUAAGCCGCGUAUAUGAGGACUUCGCUAUCAGAUUCACGAAACUGGGUGAAAAUAUUCGUCAUUCAGGUCCUUCAACCUCGGAUCCUCAACAAACACUGAUCAACACAGACCCCAAUGACGCUCAAGAAAGCGCAGAGAGAGACAAGAUUGCUCUUGCUCAAAUUGAGAAUGUUGUUGACCGGCAUUUAUCCUUUGCUGAACGGUCUAUUCCCAGGCUUCCCUCACCAUCGGUGGAGGCGUUACAGCAAGGUCUGGAUCGUGAUUCUGCAUCGCCGUACUAUUCCCUAUAUCUGAGGCGAUUGUUAUCUGGCAUGUCGAUUACACCUCACGAAACUUUCGCGCAUCCUGUGGCUUGUGUCAUAGCUAUCAGCUCUCGAAAUAGUGCGCCUAUUGAAGAAUUGAGGAAAUUAUACUCUGAGAGUUACCAGGGCAGCAGAAUGCUUCCCAAUUGGGUGGACAACGAUUACCUUAGAUAUUAUGUGCUUGUCCACGAUGAAGAGAAUGAUGACAUCACCCGGUCCAUGGGCUUAUUUGAGCAGAUGAAACGUCACUUGGGUCUGCAUUGCCACCUCCUUCGACUGCGAUGUAGUAAAAGCGCGGAAACGGACGACGACAGUAUACCACUGCCAUGCAGUGAUUGGAUGGCCGCUGCCGAGGAGCUAGCCAGGAUUCACAAGAGUGAGAAUGGGGAAGAUUUUGAAGAUCCCACGCAGUACAUUUUCGAAUCUGAUGCAACGGCAAUCCGAACAUUUGUUCGGGAAAUGGUCACACAGUCAAUCGUUCCCACCAUGGAACGGCACAUCUCAAUAUGGAACGACCAGGUUGCAUCACGCCGAAGAGGCAUUGCAGGUCGUUUCAUGAAUCUGUCUCGAAAAUGGACGGGAUUUGGAAACACCUCAAAGUCUUCCUCAAGCGGGAGCCUCAACUCAAGAGACCACUAUGAUCAUCUAGGGUAUUACCGCGCCGAUUCGGCCGAAGCUAUCAUUCGAAAGCUUGCAGACUUUGCUUUCAUGUUGCGAGACUGGAAGUUGGCUCACUCAACAUAUGAACUGUUGCGAUCUGAUUUUAGUGAAUCAAAAGCAUGGAAGUAUCAUGCCGCUACCAACGAAAUGGCAGCUGUUAGCUUGCUGAUCGCGCCGCCAAACUCGACUUUCAAGGCACGCGCCGACUCAAUUGAUCAAAUGCUCGAGUCGGCAUUUUAUUCAUAUAACACAAGAUGUAGUGCGCCACUUGGUGCCAUUCGGUGUUUGCUGCUGAGCCUGGAGUUGUUGAGGGCAAAAGGGGGUGCGUAUGUUGAUGAUGCCAGCAAAUGGGGUCUUCGGUUACUUGAAGCCAGAAUCCUGGGGCCAGUCGGCGAUGCUUUACUUAAGGAGCGCCUCUGUAUUUGCUACUUAUCCAAAGUCGGCGUGGGCAGCUGGGGUUGGGGUACUCGACAUCGCAAAGCUGCCGUAUGGAGCAUACUGGCCGCGCAAGCCUGGGACCAGCAGGGCAAAUAUCUUCCAGCGCAAAGAUGUCUGAGUGAGUGUCACAAGAUCUACGGGAAUCUGCCCCAUAACAAAGGCAUAGCACAGUUUCGAACCGCAGAAGAAUACAUGCACUCCCUGAGGCUCGAGGUUCUCAAGAAACUUGACCUUCAUGAUGCUGAUGGAUCUGAUCUGGAGAGGGAGGGGAGCACUCCAUUCAUAGACGUUGAAAGUCAGGAAUUUUCGAAUUUGCCAUUGAAGAGGGCAAGCACGGUGUCGAGAACUGGCAUGUUGGAAACGGCGCCACUUCGAGGAGAGAAUACCAUCGAUUAG